CAGAAUAUUAUGGCAAAUCAUCUUGUAAAGCCUGAUUCUAGAAAUUGCAAGAGAACAAGAGAAUUGGAGUCUCAAAUGCCAGAUAGCCCACAGCUGUCCUCUCUUGGAAAAUCGGAUUCAUCUUUCUCUGAAUGUUCUGGACUGUUUUAUAAAGAUGAAACCUUAGAGAAAGAUUUAAAUGAUAUGAGCAAGGAAAUUAAUCUAAUGUUGUCUACGUAUGCAAAGAUCUUAAGUGAGAGAGCAGCAAUAGAUGCAUCUUACAUUGAUGAGAUAGACGGACUCUUUAAAGAAGCAGAUAUUAUUGAAAACUUUCUCAUACAAAAAAGAGAGCUCCUGAGACAGAGGUUUACAGUGAUUGCAAAUACACUGCACGGAUAAAAUGUUUAAACUUAAGAUAAGCUGGGGAUUGAAACAUAUUGUUAUAAUGAAAGAAUGACAUGUAUGUUCUGAAGGCUUUCUAGUUGUUAAAAAAAAUGUAGAUCUUAAAGAAGAGGAAACUCCUUGAAUGUUUUUCUAGAUUUAAAAGGGCCUUUAAACUUAACGUUAAUAU